GUGCAGCCCGGGUGGCGGCGCUAGCGUAAGAUGGCCGAAUAGCGGUACGGCGGAUAGCAGCCGGGCGACCUCUUCGUUCGGCGCUACAUUGCUUCGGUGCUACAUUCGGCUGGUGGUGCGUUCGUUCGUUCGGUUCCGCCGUCGCCGCCGUCGGCCGCCGCUACCACCGUCGCUGUCGCACGAGUUCGUCUCGGUUCGGGUUUACUCGGCGCUUCAGUUCGUGUCCUCUCGCUGCGCACGACGGACGUGUCUCUCGGUGAUCGCGCAGAGAACGUAUUUUAUAUAUAUAUAUAUAUAGAUAUAUGCAUAGGGACAUAUAUAUAUAUACACACACGUACAUAUACAUAUACACAUAUAGACUGUUUGCGACUCUCUCGAACUACCUACCACCAUCGAGUUAUUAUUCUCGUUAAAUGCACAGAGAGAAAGAAAGAGGGGGGAAUCCAGAGUACAAGUCAAAACAUAGAGACGACACGGAAGAAAAAGAAAGAAAAGAAAUAAGUAUAUAGACAACGAUUUAAUUCGCAAAGAAACGAGUCGAGUAUCGUGCCGAAGAAGGUCGUUUCUUCAUACAUAUAUAUAUAUAUAUAUGUAUGUAUGUAUGUAUGUAUGUAUAUAUGUAUGUAGAGAGAGAGAGAGGAAAAUAUAAUAAGAGGUGUAAUAGAAAGGAGAAAACGAAGAAUCGAAGAACGAAGAAGUUCGUCGUCGGAUCACGACGGUUUAUUCUGUAAGCGUCCUUUUCGGGUGAAACCGUGACGACCAAGUGUGAAAGUGAACGAAGACAAAACGAGGAAUAUCAUCCGUCCCGCUAACCUUCGGGAUCUAGACGAGCGAACGCAAGAAGCCAUCUCUCCUCGAGUCUUUCUUACAGGAGAGGCGAUAUCGUUAGCGUCUGGGAGCCUUUAUCGGCUGAUGUGACGAAUAUAGAAGAAGUGUAGUAGUUGGUGAUGUCUUCUUGGUAGAAAAGAAAAAAAAAAAAGAAGAAAAAAGAAAGAAAGAAAGAAAGAAAGGAAGGAAGGAAGGAAAGAGAAGGCCCGAAAAAAAGGAAAAGAAAAGAAAUAUAUCAAGAAGAAGAAGAAGAAAGAAGGAGAGAGAUCGGUGAGGCGAUAGAUGCACCGAAGAGAAGAGGGAAAAAAGGAGGUGGUGGUCCUGGCGCAGCGAAGGCAGCAUCGUUUUCUUUGUCGUCGAAGUGGUGCCGGUAGUAUCGGUGGUGCUGGUGCUGUUGGUGCCGUUGGUGGUGGUGGUGCCGAGUAAGAAGAAGGACGUCGUCUUUGAAGGAACGACCUGGAGCGGCGGGCGGAGGGGGAGGUGGAGGUGGAGGAGGAGGAGACAUCGUCCCUCCCUCCUGGAGCCGGAGGAGGCAUGAGGAGGAGAGAACGGAGGAGGCUCUGAGGCUCGCCGCUGAAGACAAGGAUGGCUCCGUUCUUCGCCGCGAGCACUCUCGCGGGCGCACUCCGCCCUCUGCUCGCGCUUCUGCUCGCGCUUCUGAUCGGCUGCCCGCGAGCUAUACAUGCGGAACAAGUCGUUCUCCUGGACACAACGACGGAGGCGAAGCUCGAGUGGACGAGGUAUCCCUAUGGACCACAAGCAAGCACUCCUGGCUGGGUGGAAGAGUCGUUCACAAACUUCGACAAGGGUAUCAAUUGGCGAAGUUACGUCGUCUGCGACGUCGCUUAUAACAACGUGAACAAUUGGCUCUGGACGCCGUUCAUCGAGAGGGGUCCGGCAAAUCGCAUGUACAUAGAAAUCAAAUUCACGACACGAGACUGUUCGUUGUUCCCUGGAAAUGCCCUUAGCUGCAAGGAGACAUUCAGUCUUCUCUACUACGAGUUUGACGCCGCUACGAAAGAGCCACCACCGUGGGAGCCGGACAGUUAUAAACUCAUCGGACGAAUAGCCGCUGGCGAGGGUAGAUUCAACACGAAUACGGAAGUGGUGAUUAACACCGAAAUAAAGUCCGUACCAGUUACGAAGAAGGGCGUGUACUUUGCCUUCCGUGAUCAAGGUGCCUGCAUCUCGCUUCUUGCCAUCAAGGUUUAUUACAUCAGUUGUCCGGAAAUCUCGGUGAACUUUGCUCAUUUCCCGGCGACACCGACCGGCCGCGAAGUCGCUUUGGUCGAACAAACGAUCGGCACCUGCGUCGCGAAUGCCGUUAAGAUCGAGACACCGACGUUCCUUUGCAAGGGUGACGGUAAAUGGUAUCUACCAAGUGGUGGAUGUCAUUGCAAACCUGGUUACCAAGCAGACGUUGAAAAGCAACAGUGCAUCGAAUGUCCGAUCGGUAGAUUCAAGCACGAGGCUGGACCCCACAGCUGCGAGCUGUGUCCUACUCAUAGUAAAUCGACCGAUCAGGCUGUCACCGAGUGCCGCUGCGAUGCCGAUUAUUACAGAGCCGCUGAUGAUCCCAAGAAGAUGCCCUGCACACAACCACCGUCGGCGCCUCAGAACCUAACCGUCAAUUUCGUGGACCAAUCGACGGUGAUUCUUUCGUGGAACGCACCGCACAAGCUCGGUGGUAGGACCGACACAACGUAUAGGGUCGUUUGCGAUGCUUGCAGCAUGGGUGUCAAAUAUAUACCUAACACGGAGAUCUUCAACGACACGAAGAUCACGAUCACCGGCUUAAAUGCUGUCACGACCUAUCGUUUCCAAGUAUUCGCUGAAAAUGGUGUGUCCGCACAAGCUGGGAAGUCGGAAUACGUGGACAUCACGGUCACCACCGAAGCAAGCGUACCGAGCUUAGUGAGCAAUGUUAGAAUAACGAGCGUCAAAAGUUCCGAACUGAGCAUUAGUUGGGAUGCACCGGUCACGGAAGUAGGUGGAGACAGCGAUCACGUCGAGAGAUACGAAGUGAGGUGUUAUCCGCGCUUCGACGAUGCCAUUAACGCCACUGUGAUCCAAACUUCAGAUCUCUCUGCUACUUUUAAAGGCCUAAAACCAGCAACGGAUUAUGCGAUUCAGGUUCGAGCUAAAACCACACGUGGCUGGGGCGAAUAUACCCCUGUUAUCUACAAAAAGACACCGCACGCGAUGGGACUCGACUAUGUCGGCGAAGACGACAAUAUGCAGGUCAGAAUAAUCGCCGGUGCAGUAGUAGCAGUGGUCGUCCUUCUCGUUAUCAUCAUCGUCAUGACCGUUCUCUUCCUGAGAAGAAACCCUUUACAUUUAAACCCAUACGCUUCACUCGACUCGACUCAUAUAAUGCAAUUUCGAUGCAGCAGGGCCUCAGACGAGUGUAACAAGAAACAGCCGAGCGAUUGCGACACCUUGGAAUACAGAAACGGCGAAGGACUAGUUGUGACCUACAUGCACUGCAAAAUGGACAGUUCACCGAUUGUGACAACCCACACCAACAACAAGAGCAAGUCGUCGCUGACGACGCCGCUGUUCACGCCUGCAGUGGGAGUAACUGGAGCGGGUGCUGGAGGUACAGGUGGCACCGGUGCUAGGAGCUACGUCGAUCCUCACACCUACGAGGAUCCAAAUCAGGCUGUUCGAGAAUUUGCUAGAGAAAUUGACGCUGGAUACAUCACGAUAGAAGCCAUCAUCGGCGGUGGUGAAUUCGGAGACGUUUGUCGUGGCAAAUUGAAACUACCACCGGAUGGUCGAACGGAAAUCGACGUGGCCAUAAAGACAUUGAAACCUGGCUCUGCUGACAAAGCACGGAACGACUUUCUAACGGAAGCCUCGAUAAUGGGUCAGUUCGAGCACCCCAAUGUGAUAUUUCUUCAAGGUGUCGUGACAAAGAGUAAUCCGGUGAUGAUCAUCACCGAGUUCAUGGAGAACGGAAGUUUGGACACUUUUCUUCGGGCGAAUGAUGGUAAAUUCCAAGUGCUUCAGCUGGUCGGUAUGCUACGUGGCAUAGCCAGUGGUAUGCAGUAUCUCGCCGAAAUGAAUUAUGUGCAUCGUGAUCUCGCGGCAAGGAAUGUCCUGGUGAAUGCUGCUCUGGUUUGUAAAAUAGCUGAUUUUGGACUGAGCCGAGAGAUUGAAAGUGCGACAGAGGGUGCAUAUACAACUAGGGGCGGUAAGAUUCCGGUACGAUGGACAGCACCAGAGGCAAUAGCAUUCCGUAAAUUUACUAGCGCCUCCGACGUCUGGAGUAUGGGUAUCGUUUGCUGGGAAGUCAUGUCCUACGGCGAGAGACCAUAUUGGAAUUGGUCCAACCAAGACGUGAUAAAAUCGAUCGAAAAAGGAUACAGACUUCCAGCACCGAUGGACUGUCCCGAAGCAAUCUAUCAGUUAAUGCUCGACUGUUGGCAGAAAGAACGAACUCAUCGGCCUACCUUCGCCAAUCUCACUCAGACAUUGGACAAACUCAUACGGAGUCCGGACACUUUGAGGAAAAUCGCGCAGAACAGAAUCAGGGAACGGGGUGCUCCACCCCCACCCCCACCCGCCACGUCGGCAUCUUCCAACGUGCAUUUGAGAAAAAGGGGCACCAAUCCACUGGCGCCGGACGCGGUGGACUUGACGCAGUUGACCUCGGUCAGCGAGUGGUUGGCCUCGAUCAAAAUGUCUCGAUACGCGGAGAGUUUCGAAAGGGCGGGAGUGACGACGUUGGAGGCAGCAGCUCGCGUUACCGUUCAAGAACUCACCGCACUUGGUAUUACACUGGUCGGUCAUCAAAAGAAGAUCAUGAACAGUGUGACGGCAUUAAGAGCGCAAAUGUCCGCCACGUCGCAGAGCUUUCUCGUUUAGGAAAGAAAAAAAAUGGCGGGAAAAGAAGAAGGGUAAAAGUAAGAAGUCAAACUUUUCGCCAGGGAAACAAGAGUGUCUCGAUGAAUCGAGUGGUCCUGCAUGAAAGCAGGAAUUUUCAGCUUUCUAUAAACGACAGGUCUGAAUCAUGGACAUCCUCUUAAGGAGGAUAGCAAACUCUUCCUCUUCGUCUCGCGAACGUUCGUGAAAACGAAGUCAAAGUCGAGUGAUAACGAAAGACAAUUUUCUCUUUCUCUCGACGGAGACCUGAUAUUUUAAUUCUCGAUAUUAGAAUUAGGAAAACAUUCCAGCGAGUAGUCUCGCUUGAAAAAUAAUAAAAAAAAAAAAAUAUAACAAAGAAAGAAAAUUGGCCUCUCCGGAAAUAUCUCAGCAGCCAUAUAUAUUCCAAGGUGGUCGAUGUAUCGAUCGAUCUAUCGGAUCUUUUCUCUUCGAACAAAUACGUACGUACAUAUAUAUAUAUACAUAUAUAUAUUAUAUAUAUAUAUAUGUGU